CUCCGGCUGGGGGCGGGCCGACGCCGCCGCCGCCGCCGCCGCCGCGGGAGGAGGGACAAAGGGGUGGGUCCCCGCGGUCGGCAGCCCGGCGGCCGGCGCUGCAGGUCGGAGGACUGACCCGCCUCGCUGAGGGAAGGCGCUGCGUUCCGGAGCUGCGCGCCCACGCGGGACCCCCGCCCCAGAUGCCGGUGCGAGGAGACCGCGGGUUUCCACCCCGGCCGGAGCUGUCAGGUUGGCUCCGCGCCCCAGGCAUGGAAGAGCUGAUAUGGGAACAGUACACUGUGACCCUACAAAAGGAUUCCAAAAGAGGAUUUGGAAUUGCAGUGUCUGGAGGCCGAGACAACCCCCACUUUGAAAAUGGAGAAACGUCGAUCGUCAUUUCUGAUGUGCUCCCUGGCGGGCCCGCCGAUGGGCUGCUUCAGGAAAACGACAGGGUGGUCAUGGUUAACGGCACUCCCAUGGAGGAUGUGCUCCAUUCGUUUGCAGUUCAGCAGCUAAGAAAAAGUGGGAAGAUUGCGGCCAUUGUGGUCAAGAGGCCCCGGAAGGUCCAGGUGGCCCCGCCGCAGGGCAGCCCUCCCCCCGAUCAGGAUGACCGGGCUUUUGGGGCGAUGGACGAGUUCGAUGGCAGAAGUUUCCGCAGCGGGUACAGCGAGAGGAGCCACAGCGGGCGCAGCCGCAGCUGGGAGGACAGCCCGGAGAGGGGGCGUCCCCACGAGCGGGCACGGAGCCGGGACCGGGACCGCAGCCGCGGCCGGAGCCUGGAGCGGGGUCUGGACCAGGACUACGGGCGCGCCCGAGACCGCGGCCGGAGCCGAGAGCGGGGCCUGGACCAGGACUUCGGGCCACCCCGGAGCCGCAGCCGCGGCCGCAGCAUUGACCGCGACUACGAGCUCGCCUAUGGCCCGGCCUACGAGCCGGACUAUGAGCGCGGCUACAGCCCGUCCGCGGCGUCCGGCCACCGCGCCCCGGCCCCCGCGCGCUCCGCGGCCGCCCGCAGCCGCAGCCGCGAGCACCUGCGCUCGCGUAGCCCCAGCCCCGAGCUGCGGGGCAGGCCGGACCCCGACAGGCCGGUGGGCGUCCUCCUGAUGAAGAGCAGAGGCGAUGAAGAGUAUGGUCUCCGGCUUGGGAGUCAGAUCUUCAUAAAGGAAAUGACCAAAACGGGUCUGGCAAUGAAAGAUGGCAACCUUCAUGAAGGGGACAUAAUUCUCAAGAUCAAUGGAACUGUGACUGAGAACAUGUCUUUAACGGAUGCUCGAAAAUUGAUAGAAAAGUCACGUGGAAAACUCCAGCUAGUGGUGAUGAGAGACAGCAAGCAGACCCUCAUCAACAUCCCGUCGUUAAAUGACAGCGACUCAGAAAUAGAAGAUAUCUCAGAGAUAGAGUCAACCCGAUCAUUUUCUCCGGAGGAGAGACGCCAGCAGUAUUCUGAUUAUGAUUAUCAUUCCUCAAAUGAGAAGCUGAAGGAGAGGCCAAGUUCAAGAGAGGACACGCCAAGCAGAUUGUCCAGGAUGGGUGCCACACCCACUCCGUUUAAGUCCACGGGGGAUAUUGCUGCUGUACUUGUCACAGAGACCAGCAAGGAACCCAGAUACCAAGAGGAACCCCCAGUUCCUCAACCAAAAGCAGUCCCGAGAACUUUUCUUCGUCCUAGUCCUGAAGAUGAAGCAAUAUAUGGCCCUAAUACCAAAAUGGUGAAGUUCAAGAAGGGAGACAGCGUGGGCCUCCGGUUGGCUGGAGGCAAUGACGUUGGGAUAUUUGUCGCUGGCAUUCAGGAGGGUACCUCAGCAGAGCAGGAAGGACUUCAAGAAGGAGACCAGAUUCUGAAGGUGAACACACAGGAUUUCAGAGGGCUAGUUCGGGAGGACGCUGUUCUCUACCUGUUAGAAAUCCCCAAAGGUGAAAUGGUGACCAUUUUAGCUCAAAGCCGAGCCGAUGUGUAUAGAGACAUACUGGCUUGUGGCAGAGGGGAUUCAUUUUUUAUAAGAAGCCACUUUGAAUGUGAGAAGGAAACUCCACAGAGCCUGGCCUUUACCAGGGGGGAAGUCUUCCGAGUAGUGGACACACUGUAUGAUGGCAAGCUGGGCCACUGGCUGGCUGUGCGAAUUGGAAAUGAAUUGGAGAAAGGCUUAAUUCCCAACAAAAGCAGAGCUGAACAGAUGGCCAGUGUUCAGAAUGCCCAGAGAGACAACGCUGGGGAUAGGGCAGAUUUCUGGAGAAUGCGUGGCCAGAGAUCUGGGGUGAAGAAGAACCUGAGGAAGAGUCGGGAAGACCUAACUGCUGUUGUGUCUGUCAGCACCAAGUUCCCAGCUUACGAGAGGGUUUUGCUGCGAGAAGCUGGUUUCAAGAGACCUGUGGUCUUAUUCGGUCCCAUAGCAGAUAUAGCAAUGGAAACGUUGGCAAAGGAGUUACCUGACUUGUUUCAAACUGCUAAAACAGAACCAAAAGAUGCAGGAUCUGAGAAAUCCAGUGGAGUAGUUCGGUUAAAUACCGUGAGACAAAUUAUUGAACAGGAUAAGCAUGCGCUACUGGAUGUGACUCCAAAAGCUGUGGACCUGUUGAAUUAUACCCAGUGGUUCCCAAUUGUGAUUUUUUUCAACCCAGACUCUAGACAAGGUGUCAAAACCAUGAGACAGAGGUUGAGUCCAACAUCCAGCAAAAGUUCUCGAAAGUUAUUUGAUCAAGCUAACAAGCUUAAAAAAACAUGUGCACAUCUUUUUACAGCCACGAUCAACCUAAAUUCUGCCAAUGACAGCUGGUUUGGCAGCUUGAAGGACACCAUUAAACAUCAGCAAGGAGAAGCAGUUUGGGUCUCUGAAGGAAAGAUGGAAGGGAUGGAUGAUGACCCCGAAGACCGCAUGUCCUACUUAACCGCCAUGGGUGCAGACUAUCUGAGUUGUGACAGCCGCCUCAUCAGUGACUUUGAAGACACCGAUGGCGAAGGAGGCGCCUACACUGACAAUGAGCUGGAUGAGCCAGCCGAGGAGCCGCUGGUGUCUUCCAUCACCCGCUCCUCGGAGCCGGUGCAGCAUGAGGAGAGUGUAAGAAAACCCAGCCCAGAGCCACGAGCUCAGAUGAAGAGGGCUGCUAGCAGAGAUCAACUUAGGGACCAUAGCCCACCCCCAGCAUUCAAGCCAGAGCCGCCCAAGGCCAAAACCCAGAACAGAGAAGAAUCCUAUGACUUCUCCAAAUCCUAUGAAUACAAAUCAAACCCCUCUGCCGUUGCUGAUAACGAAACUCCUGGGGCACCCGCCAAGGGUUGUCCUCCUCCUGUUGCAGCAAAACCUGUCUUUGGCCGGUCGAUACUGAAGCCCUCCGUUCCCAUCCCUCCCCCGGAGGGUGAGGAGGUAGGAGCGAGCGGUGAGGAGCCCAAAUCAGUCCUGGGCAAAGUCAAAAUAUUUGAGAAGAUGGAUCACAAGGCAAGGUUACAGAGGAUGCAGGAGCUCCAAGAAGCACAGAAUGCAAGGAUUGAGAUUGCUCAAAAGCAUCCUGAUAUCUAUGCAGUUCCAAUCAAAACACAGAAGCCAGAGCCCGGCCUGCCCCAGCAUGCAAGUUCCAGGCCCCCUGAACCACAGAAAGGUCCUUCCAGACUUUACCAGGAUACCCGAGGAAGUUAUGGCAGUGACGUCGAGGAGGAAGAAUACCGCCAGCAGCUGUCGGAACAGUCAAAGCGUGGCUAUUACAGCCAGCAUGCCCGCUACCGGGACACUGAGCUAUAGAUGACCGCGAAGGGACUCUUCCCACCCGCCGCCACAGCAGUGGCACUCCUGCCAAGCCACUGGGACGACUCUUCAGUUAAAAUGCACUGCGGCGACGUGGAGGGACCCAAGCUAUGUUCUCUCACAGGCAGCUCCGGGACAGCCGGUUUAAAUUAAGACCUGAAGGCUGCUUAUGGGACUGGGUUGGACGAGUUUAUGGCUUUUUGCUCAGAAUUAGGAAGAACACUACAGUCUGAUACUGUUAUUUUGCUUCAGUGGACCAAAAUCUGUAUUAAUUCUGUUUCCGUAUUUUUAAUAUGUAUAUUAAGAAGCGAUAACUAUUUUUUCUCAUUAAUAGCGGACUGUUUCAAUGUGAGGCAGAAUGUGAAAAGAGCAAUAAAACAAUAUUGUUGGACUCACACUAAAUUCAAAGAAGUAUUUUAUUAUGAGAGUACUUCAAAAAGUUCUUGGGAAGAUUCAUGUAUCUCUUAAUUGUAUUUUUCCAUGAACUUUUGAAGUAUACUCAUACAACGAAGUGCCUUUGAUGAGAAGUGUCUUAAAUACUCUUCCUUUGAAGCUUUAUGCAAAGCCAUAAUGGACUAAAACAUUUUGACUAAAUUUUUAUACCAGUUUAAUAGCUGUGGUUUUCCGUGCACUGAAUCAAGGCAUUUGUCUUUGUAAUAUUUUGCAUCAAUUUUGACUGUGUAUAUAAUAGCUAUACUUGAUAGUUGGGCGUUUAAAUGCUAAAUAGCCUGAAGACCAAGAAGUUAGUAUAGAAAUUUUUUGUUUGUUUAAAACCUUUGCUUGAAAAAAGCAGAUACUUGAGGAAAAUGCAUUUUAUUUCCAAAAAUAUGUGUAAUGACAUCAGUCAGUUUUAUAAUUUAAUAAAAAGGAGUACAUUGCAACCAAUAA